AUGCCGCCGCGGCGCGACGCGCCGCUCGAGGCGUGCGAGGCGUGCUCGACGGACGACGAGGACGCGCUGCGAGCGACGCUCGCGACGACGCCGUGCACGAUCGUGGACGCGCGCGGGAACACGCUCCUGCACCUGUGCUGCGCGAACGACGCGCUGCGAUGCGCGAAAUUAGUCGUGUCGCGGUGCGUGUUCGCGUCGACGCCGCCGGAGCGGGCGUACCUGACGCUGAGGAACUCGGACGGGGAGACGGCGGCGGAUGUCGCGGAGGCGUGCGGGAGCGCGAGGUGCGCGGAGUGGUUGGCGAAGAUGACGGGCGCGGAACGCGUCGCGACGAACGAUGCGCGACGAAAAGACGUGGGGAAGGGCGAGAGGCGACGCGCGGACGACGAACGGCGACGAAAGAGGUCGGGAGAUGGGGAGACGGAGGCGACGACGCGCGCGCGGGAAUCGUUGGUGCGGUCGAUUCGAGAGGCGCUGAAUAUCGGGCCAGGGGACGACGGCGACGAGCGGGCGGCGGUGCGGCAGGUGUUGAGGGAGGUUUUGAAUCUCGUGAGCGAUCGCGAGAGCGCGCGAAGGGAGUUGGAGGAGGCGCAUCGAAAGAUUGAAGCGAUGGAACGAGACGCGGAGCGGGAACGCGCAAACGUCGUCGAGGCGCUGGGGAUGGCGGAGAAGCGGGCGAAGGAGAUGAUUUCGGAGCGCGAAGCGCGCGAAAAGGACAUCUGCGCGGAGAAAACGGCGCUGAAUGAAGCUCGAGAAGAGCGCUUCCGCGAGCAGCGCGUCGGAGAGCGCGACGCCGGCGCUGGCGACGGAUGA